AUGGCUGACGAGAAGACUGUCCAGCCUUCUGCAGAGCAGGAGGCAGUAGGAGAAGCCGAGGAAGUGAGGGUCGCCCACGAUGCGCUCAACGCCAAAUACAGCCCCUUGACCUGGUCGAUGUUCCGUCUCUACCUGUGUCUUAUCAUUCCAUACCUGUGCGGGACCCUUAAUGGAUACGACGGCUCCCUCAUGGGAGGACUGAACGCGAUGGAGACGUACCUGGACUUCUUCAACAUGGAGACAUCGGGAUCCAGCACCGGGAUCGUCUUUGCCCUCUACAAUAUCGGUUCGAUUCCAGCCGUCUUCUUCACGGGGCCGGUCAACGACUACUGGGGCCGACGAUGCGGCAUGUUUGUUGGCGCCCUGAUCAUCGUUAUCGGGACCUGCAUCCAAAGUCCGUCUGUAAACAGAGGGAUGUUCCUCGCUGGGCGGUUUAUCCUUGGAUUUGGUGUCAGCUUUUGCUGUGUGUCUGCGCCGUGCUAUGUUAGUGAAAUGGCACAUCCGGCGUGGAGGUAUGCACCGAUUUUCGAAGGCCUAAGCACGAAGGAGAUACUGACGGUUGUUUCUAGAGGCACAAUUACGGGGCUCUAUAACUGCACCUGGUACAUCGGCUCCAUCCUCGCUAGCUGGGUUGUUUACGGCUGCUCACAGCUCGACAAUGCCAACUCCUUCCGCAUCCCGAUCUGGUGCCAGCUGAUAUCGUCCGCCCUUGUCGUGCUCGGAGUCUGGUUUAUCCCCGAGUCCCCUCGCUGGCUGAUGGCGCAGGACCGUGCAGAAGACGCCGCAAAGAUUCUUACCAGAUACCACGGGGAGAACGACCCCGAUCACCCUCUCGUGCAUCUCCAGCUCAAAGAGAUGCAGCAGAGCAUCGCCACCGAUGCAUCAGACAAGAAAUGGUGGGACUACCGCGAGCUCUACACCGGCCACUCUGCACGUCGCAGGCUCAUCUGCGUGCUCGGCAUGGCCUGUUUUGGCCAGAUCUCCGGCAACAGCGUCACCAGCUACUACCUCCCGGUCAUGCUGGAGAACGCCGGUAUUGUCAGCGAGAGCAGGAAACUCCUCUUCAACGGCAUCUAUCCCCCACUCUCGCUCAUCGGGGCUGUCGUCGGCGCCCGCAUGACAGACACCAUCGGCCGACGCCCGCUACUCAUCUACUCCCUCCUCUUCUGCUCUGUCGCCUUCGCCAUCAUCACCGGAACCUCGAAGCUGGCAACCGACGAUCCCACCAACACCGCCGCUGCCAACACCACAAUCGCCUUCAUCUACCUUUUUGGCAUCGUCUUCUCCUUUGGCUGGACCCCGCUUCAGUCAAUGUACAUCGCCGAGACCCUCACAACAACGACCCGCGCCAAGGGCACCGCAGUGGGGAAUCUGGCCUCGUCCAUCGCGAGCACGAUCAUCCAGUACAGCUCUGGCCCGGCUUUCAAGGAUAUUCAGUACUACUUUUACCUCGUCUUUGUGUUCUGGGACCUGAUUGAGAUCGUCAUUAUGUACUUCUACUUUCCUGAGACCAAAGACCGCACGCUCGAGGAGCUGGAAGAAGUCUUUUCGGCCCCGAAUCCGGUCAAGAGGAGUCUUGUCAAGAGAGAUGCGGCGACGGUGUUGAAUACGAUGCAGGUGGAGCAGCGGGAAUUGGUUUACAUACCUGCUACUAUGGGCACUACUUAUUCUCGUCGGUCAGAGUUCUUGUGGCAGUCUCUCAGUAGUGCAAACGAUCUUCGACCUGCAUGA